AUGGGUGUGAAAGAAAUAUGGAAUAUAUUUGCUCAAUUUAAUACAACUUGUGAUAUAGAAUCACUAAGAGGCAAGACUUUAGGCGUUGAUUUAAGUAUAUGGAUUUGUGAAAACUUAGCCAUGGGUCACUUUUUGCAAGGUCCAAUAAAUAAUACUCUUUACUUAAGAAAUUUAUUUUUUCGUAUCCUUGCUUUUUAUGAACAUGAAAUAAAUUUAAUAUUUAUAAUGGAUGGUAUUCCCCCUGAAUUGAAAUAUGCAACUAUAAACCAGAGGAAUUCAAAAAACACAUUAAAAUCUAAAAUUAAUUUCAAUAGUGGUAACAAAUGUUCAAGACCACAUUUUAAAAAACUUUCAGACAAAUGUAGACAAUUAAUAGCUCUUAUGGGUAUUCCAUGUUUACAAAGUCAAAGUGAAGCAGAAAAGCUUUGUGCACUUUUGAACUCCCACAAUAAAGUGGAUGGAUGUAUUUCAAAUGAUAGUGAUAUAAUUUUAUAUGGAGCUAAUAUUGUUUACAAGAAUUUUGACAUAAAUCUAGCUAACAAAAAGGUAUCUAUUUUUAUUUGUCAAAAAACCUUAAAAGAAUUAAAUUUAACUCUUCCUGAUUUAAUUGGUGCCUCUGUUCUUUUGGGCUGUGAUUAUUUACAAGGGGGAGUUAAUGGUGUGGGAAAAGAACAAGUUCUCAAAAUUAUAUCUCAUAUACAAAAAGAAGGUGAAGAAAAUCAAAAUCUUAUGACACGAAUUCAUAGCUGGCGACAAGAUCCUUUCUUUCAUUUUUUGGUUGAACUUGAAAAUUUGCCCAAACGUUGUACCACAAAAUCUAGUAAACAAAUUGCGAGGGUCUGUGUUUGCCAAUGGCACAUGGCUCAAGAAAUCUUGGAUUAUCACAAGUUGGAACUAAAUAUUUAUAAAAAAGUUAGGGGCAUACCCAUUGAAAAGUUUCCGUAUUCCCAAAUAGCAGACGAAUUUACUAAUAGCUCGAAGGAAAGAAUCCCGGAACAUAACGAAUUAUUACCUAGCGCUCCGAAUGUGCAAGGAAUAUUGGAAUUUACCUCGAAAAUUUUGGAUUGGAACAAAGCCUACACCUUACAGAAAUUGCUUCCUUAUCUCGUGAAUCAUUACUUUACCUCGUAUUUUAAAAUGGCGAAUCGCGAAAAAUGGGAAAACAAUUUAAGCCAAUAUAAACCAGACGAUUUUAACGAUCGUUUACUUUCGUUUUCAAUCGGUAUAAAACCCUUACGGAUCGGGAAAACUUGCGUUAAACAAGGGAUUCAGUAUUAUACGACUCAUUGGACGAUGUUUGAAUUCGACAAUUUUACUGAAGCACACGAGGAAGUGGCGAGCACUAAAGAUAGACUGUUACAAUUUUAUGAGAUCCCUGUCAAGUUUCGGUAUAUGGAUUUAGCUUACCCGGCCAUCGUGAAAUCCUUUAAGCAAUCCAAAAUUAAAAGUAUCAAAAGCAAGGUUUCGAAAAAAUCUUCGAGAAAUAAUGAUGCCACUCUUAAUAAUCGCCUUAUCACAGAUUUCGCUGCCAAAUUGAGUCUUAACGAAAACGAAUUUAAAAAUAGCGCCAAAAAUAUGAUUAACUCAUACGGCCUUCAUUCUACUAAGAAAAAUUAUAACGCGAAAAUCGAUUUAGAUUUAGACACGCCAAUCAUCGUUAUUCGUUCACCCACUUCACAUAUUUCCUCCGAUAGAAAAUUUGAUAAAAAUCUUGGAAUUAGUCAUAAAGAGAUGAUUAGUCACUUCUCGCACAAGAGUGACAACCGAUGUAGCUGUCAAGAUGACACAGUGAUAAUCAGUGGAGAUGAAACAUCAUUCGAAAUCCCUAACCACUAUAAGUUAUCGUCUAAUGAUUCCCUAAAUUAUAAUAUUCGUAUGAAGAAUACUGUUAUCAACGAAAAUUUACAAGAUAGUUUACGACCACGGGAAACAGAAAAGGGAUCUAGAUUAUCUCUAAAUUCUGAAAUUAGUAAAAUCGUGGAAAAUGACAAAAUUUUCAAUAAAAUUAUAUCUCCUACAUUCCCUCGUUCAGCUAAUAUAGAUUCCCGAGAAACUAUCACAGCUGAAAUUACAAAAAUCGAUUUUCAAACGCCAAAGAAAAUAUGCGAUGAUGCGAUAUCAAUAAUUGAUGACGUUUUUUUAGAUUCUUUAUCACCCACCGUCUUUCAUUCAUACUUGAAUGAUCAAAUUAUUAAAAAUAUUGAUGGUAAAUCCGAUUCUAACCAAAGCGCUCUAAUAUUCGAAGAUUUGACAUUUGAAAAUCAUGGGGAAAUUACAUCUAAUUUUGAUGCGAAUUUUCUAAGCAACCCCUGUAUCGAUAUUAAUGUCCGUAAAGAUGAAGAAAAUUUAAAGCUUAGAAGAGAAGAGACAUUUAAAAAUGUUAAUAAUUCAAGACAAAAUUUGUAUAGCCAAAGUCCUUUGCCACUAUUGCAAAGGCUCAAAUCAGCUAAGGUGAGGUCAUCAUAAUUAAAUUUGUAGAGUUGCUUGGUUUUCCUCUAAGCUGGUGACGUUUAGUUACUCUGAAGAACAAAGUGUUUGAUGCCCUAAGAUAGAAUUUUUAAAGAAAUUGUUAUAAUUCGUAAUUUCAAUUAUUGUAUUAAUUUUAAUCGAUAUUAUUAAUUUAAAAAAAUAUUAUUUUAAUAUGAGUUUAGAAUUAUUAUAUAAAUUAAAAUCGAAUUAAUUCAUUUUGAUCAUAAUUCCAUAUAUUUAUUCGUUUUCCCCAUC